UACCGGCUUUCUUGACAUUUGACCGCUUGAGAGAGUGCAAACUUGUAAAUCGCAUAUUAGUCCAUCUGACAAGACAAAAGCAAGAAAAUGGCGGACCCAACUAUUCAACAAGGCUAUAAAAGUCGACUCCAACAUUUUAAGAACAAAGGAAAAGAUCAAGAUGAAAUGCGAAGACGUAGAAACGAAGUUACAGUUGAACUUAGGAAAAAUAAAAGGGAGGAAACACUACAAAAACGAAGGAAUGUCCCCAUUGCGGAUUCAACGGAUGAAGAGGAGAUUGAUAAAAGCUUGUCCAAUACUAAUUUAGUAUUAUUAGUAGCCCAAGCAAAAAACGACAACGAGCCAGAUACUCAACUACAAGCUGUUCAAACGGCUAGAAAAUUGCUAUCUUCUGAUAAGAAUCCGCCCAUUGAUGCAUUAAUAGCAAGUCAAAUCUUACCAAUACUUGUUAAAUGUCUAUCUCGGUAUGACAAUCCAGCAUUACAAUUUGAAGCUGCAUGGGCUUUGACAAACAUCGCUUCGGGAACUUCUAUGCAGACAAACCAAGUUGUGCAGGCAGGAGCAGUUCCACUUUUUCUUAAACUAUUACAUUCAAACCAACAAAACGUUUGUGAACAAGCGGUAUGGGCAUUAGGAAACAUAAUUGGUGACGGUCCUUUAUUGAGAGAUUACUGUAUAGAUUUAGGGGUUGUUGAACCUCUAUUAUCAUUCAUUAAACCUGAAAUACCCAUAUCCUUCCUUAGAAACGUUACAUGGGUUAUCGUUAAUUUAUGUAGGAACAAAGAUCCCCCACCACCUAAGAAAACGAUUGAAACUAUUCUUCCUGCUUUAAAUGCUUUAAUCCAUCAUACUGAUUGUAAUAUCUUGGUAGACACAGUUUGGGCUCUCAGUUAUCUCACAGAUGGGGGAAAUGAUCAAAUUCAACUGGUUCUCGACAGUGGUGUGGUAGCUAAAUUAAUACCUUUAUUGAGUCACAAAGAAGUUAAAGUACAGACAGCUGCUUUACGAGCAGUUGGAAAUAUCGUUACCGGCACUGAUGCACAAACACAGGUAGUUCUAAACUGUGAUGCUUUAUCUCACUUCCCAGCCCUAUUGACACAUUCUAAAGAGAAGAUAUGUAAAGAGGCAGUUUGGUUUUUAUCUAAUAUUACUGCUGGUAACCAGAGACAGGUACAAGCAGUCAUUGAUGCUGGACUCCUUCCGUUCAUUAUCAUGAACCUACAAAAGGGCGAUUUUCAAACGAAGAAAGAGGCAGCUUGGGCUAUUAGCAAUCUAACAAUUGGUGGUAACAGGGAUCAGAUUACUCGUCUGAUAGAUGAAGGUGUAGUUUCUCCGUUCUGCGACCUUCUAACAUGUAAAGAUGCGCAAGUCAUACAAGUCGUACUAGAUGGAAUUAACAACAUGCUGAAAAUGUCUUCACACAUCAUCGAAAGAUUGUGCUCUUUGAUUGAAGAAUGCCACGGCUUAGACAACAUUGAACAACUACAGAAUCAUGACAACAUUGAGAUCUACAAAUUAGCAUACGACAUAAUCGAAAGAUAUUUCAGUGAAGACUCAGAGGAAGACCCGGGCUUAGUUCCUGCUGCCAGUGAUGCAACCUACACUUUUGAUCCAAACACGAACACACCCAAUGAAGGAUUCCAGUUUUGAUGUGAAAAGACUUGCUCAAAGUUAGGGAUACAUACAUUGUUUUUGCCUAGAGCAUUUGCUUCCUAAUUCAACAUCAGACGAUGUACGUUCAUUUUAAUUUAAUGAUAUUUAUGUAUAUAUAAAUUUAAAAGAAACAAAACACUUAGUAAGUUCAAUGGAAUAAUGAUUUGAUUUAGAUCGGUUGAUAAGAAAGUGUGAAGUUUCAACUAACUGUUGAAUUUUUUUUGUUUUUAUAGGAUAUUUGUUUGUUUUGUGGACUUUUAAUUCGAUAUUUGGGAUUGCGAAUUCUCUGUAAAAUGUGAUGUGAAUUGAUAAUGAUAUUAAAAUGAUCGUACAUUCAAAAAAUUUGAGCAUGACAGUUUUCAAUCUCUCUUCGGAAAUUUGUAUACUUCAGGUAUUUGUUAAUAAUGCAACAAUGGGUUAUGCUCGAAUUUUUUCCAAAAGACUCGUGUUUGUUGUUUGCUGAUUACUACUGGUUCAAUAUGGAGAAUGACCAUUCUGUUUGAAAAUUACUUGUUGAAAACAUUUCCAGAGUAGUACCCAUACUUCUAUUGGAACUCACAAAUCAAAAUGAUGAAAUUUUUCAUUUUUACUCCAAAAAUGCGUUCAACUUAUAAUUUAUCUGGAGUAAUAAUUUUAUUCAAAAUAUAAUGUAAAUUUCUAGUAAAUACAAUAUUUACAAUAUUAA